UCUCUUUUUCUGCCCCUUCCCCCAUCAUCCCCCCCCCCCUCUGCAGAGGGGUGUGUGUGUGGAGAGUAAAGGGUUAAGUCCUCUGCUCUAUAAAAUGAGGCUGAAGAAUUUGCGUGAAGCUCCUGGAAGAGUCUUUAAAUACAGUCAUUAGAAGGCGAGCGGGGACAGAGGAGGUUCUGGACGGCGGUCUGCUCGGCACACUGAAACCGGGACAUGAUGAGAGCUAUCCUCUUCACCUGUAUACUGUUAGCUUGGCUGCUACUGGCAUCAGCAAGUGGCUUUAGCCAGGACACACAGCUGACGGCAGGGACUGUUAUGGGCCGCCAGGGAGACGGAGUCUAUGUGGAAUCCAGAAGGGCUAAGAGAGCACUAAUUCCUGGUGUGGAUGCUGAUAUCCAAGCUGAUGAUGAAUCAGAUGCAAGCCCGAUCCCUGAGGGUGGCGACGCCUUGGAUCUGCCAACCUGUCUAAUGUGCGUCUGUCUGACUGGCUCUGUCUACUGUGAGGAUGUGAUUCCCGAUAUGACAGCUGUUCCUACACUCCCUAAAGAGACUGCCUACCUGUACGCCCGCUACAACAAAAUCAAAAAGAUCACCGCUAAAGACUUUGCUGACAUCGUGACUCUGAAGAGGAUUUACCUGACAGGGAACCAGAUCUCAGAGAUUGAGGACGGGGCAUUCUCUAAACUCACCCUGCUGGAGGAGCUCAAUCUGGCCGAGAACAGAUUGGUCAAACUGCCAAUGCUCCCCUCCAAACUCAUCUCCCUUAACGCCAACCAUAACCUCCUCAGAACCAAGGGUGUCAAGGCGACAGCUUUCAAGAAACUGACCAGGCUGGUGAAUCUGUUCUUGGCUGACAACCAGCUGGAGGCAGUUCCCAACAUCCCAGAGAGCGUGCGAGUCGUUCAUCUACAGAACAAUAACAUUACUGAGAUCAGCGCAGAUACCUUCUGCAAAGGAAACAACACGUAUUAUCUGAGACCCAACCUCAAUGAGAUCCGCAUGGAUGGGAACCCCGUGCUACUUUCCAAGUACCCCAACAGCUUCACCUGCCUCAGGUUGCUGCCCAUUGGACGGUACCACUGAAGGCAGAAAAAUGCCAGUCCACCACCAAGGAAUGGGCUGUUUUCCCAAAGCGGAGAGCACAGGGCUUUCAUAAAUGGGUUUUUUGCCUUAGCCAGGUAAUGCUCAUGUGAGCUCACAAUUGGUUUAACACCCAGCUUCAGUGAUUCUACUGGUAACGCCGUUAGCAUUCCACCAAUAUGUAUUGUCAGCUGCAAGCUAACAAGCUAGCUUGCAGCUGACUGUAUUUAUUGGGCAGAGGUGUAAAAACCAGGUCCAGAAAGUAAAAGUCCAAACCAUGUAUUUGCUCCACUCAUGCACUACACCAGCAGAUUCUAGUCAACACCACUCCUCAAGUAGGUGGGGAAAACUAGCUAAUGAAAUCAGCUGCUUUAGUAACAUGGUUGGAGCAAAUACACGGUUUGGACAUUUGUUUUCUGGACCUGGUUUUUACAACUUUGCUAUUGGGGAAUACUUACAAUUAGCACAGGGUGUUUUUCUGGGAGGCCACCACAGUUACAGUGUGGCACAGUCAAUAACAUUCCUCUUUAGUCAGUUCUACAGACCAUAAGAGCUGAACACUGACGUGUCCCUUUACAACUUUAAAGAAUAAACAUGGAGAAGUGCUUCUAUAUUAACAAAGAUAACAAAUUUGUCCAGAAAUUUAAAAAUCCAUUCUUAAUGAUACUCAGCUAGCCCCACAUUCUUUCAGAAAAUUCAGUGGUCCCCCCCCCCCCCCCAAAGUGUAUGAGUCACUUCUUUAAAAAAAAAAUCGGAGUUUUGGUAAACCAACCCCAUGUCAGCAGGUUCCUAUGCUCCAUGAGACAGAGAUAAUGGCUAACCUCUGAGGUAAAGUACUAAACAGUAUUUGGUUGACAUUUUCAUGAAAUCUUGACAUUUUCAAUUUUAAAGUCACACAAUGCUGAAAGGUUUUCUGUAUUUAAAAUGUCCUGGUGCUCCUGUAUGUUGCUUUGAGAUGGUCUUCAUGUCACACUGGUGGUCCUGGCAAACACAAGCAUUACUGGACCAGCUUGUAUCAGACUCGGAAUAACAACUUUGGAGAGAUAAACUGGAAACUGGACUUUCACCAGCAUUAUAUUUUAAUUAUUUGUGUGAAUUUACAUCACAUUUGAUUGUGACGUUUCUUUAUUUGGAUACUGACCCUCUAGAACCCUCUAGGGUCGAUCUAGAAUCCUCUAGAGUCACUCUUGUCUUUGUGAAUUAACUCUUCUAUUUUGAACAUGUUAUAAACUCCAGUUUAAGUGGGAUGAAGUAUAUUAAUGUGAAAGUUAAUCAUUUCUCUGCUUUGAGAUGAAAAUCAGAGCUUCCUGUCCUCCCUUAGUUUCCCCUUUCAAUAACAGUAAUUACUUAAAUCGUUUGGGGACUAGUACCUAUGUGAAUAAGAAAAUUAUGUACAGAUAAAUGUGUAUUUGUCAUGACUAUGUUUUUAAACUAUUUUAAUAAACUUUUUUUUUUAACUAGCACGUGUUUAGAAUUGUAUUCCUACUUCUCUGUAGAUGGACAUUUUAGUUAGUGUGCUCCUCAUUACCAGCCAG